AUGCCCGUUCUAGGUGCAACUAAUACCGCCCGAAAUAAUAUCGACAAGAUCACGAAAAUUCUACCAGACAAUUUGACCACCCGCAGCAAUACUGUUAAAACAGUUGAUCUACGCAUAGAUGUUCAUCAAGAUUCAAAGGAACCGAACAAGACUGUUGCCAAAGUCCAGGCCAAUACACAGGCCAAGGACAACGCUGUCAAAGAUUAUAUAAAAUCCGGAAACAAGGGCAGUGUGUCUUUUGGACUGAUUACCUUCUUCAGAUACAAAAAUAUGAAUCAUGUAAUGGGCCUAGCGUCCUGGCGAUGGGUAUUUAUUUUCGACUUUCUCAUUGGUAUUCCCGUCAUCAUUUUCGGCCUCUGCUGCUGCCCCAAUGAACCGAAAUCUUCGAAGCCUUGGUGGAUGACAGAAAAAGAACGUGAAAUAAGUAUCAAGCGUUUACAGGAUGAGAAUCGAGAUGCCAUCGAGGCCACAUGGGACUUCGCUGCUAUGAAAAGGGUACUUUGCUCAUUGCAGCUGUGGGUGUUUUGUGCUGCUUGGGGUGAGUUGUUAACUUCGAAAAAAACAAUGGAAUGUACAUGUGGCGUCAACUUACAGAGAUGGAUGACUCUAUACCUCAAGUCUUCAAAGGUUGAUGGGCAUGCUAAAUACAGCGUGGAAAGGAUUAAUGAUUUACCCACUGUGAUCGGUUGUGUUGAACUGAUCUGGAUGGUUCUCAGCGCAGCAGUGAUGGAUAAAAUCCAAAUUCCACCUCUCGUCAUUCUACCACUCGGUUUGCUUCAGUUGUUUGCAUAUAUCGUUUUUUUUUUUAAUGUGUGGUCUCACAACGACCACUUCAUGAUGGCCGUAUACUACCUUUGCAGCGCGUACGGGGCAAUUGCGCCUCUCAUCAGCGCGUGGUUAAACUCGAGCUGUUGCGGCGACAAGCAGCUGCGUGCCUUGGCUACAUCAUUGAUGAUCUCUGUUGGAUACGCUGUUGAAACUGUCUCCCAGCAGUUCAUAUUCCCAACUUCUGAUGUACCACGAUUUCAGAAAACAAAUGGCUACGCAUUUGGAAUUGGAUGGGUUGUUGUAAUGAUUUUGUGGCUUUGUGCCAUUAUACCAGCGAUUGAGCGAUAUUUCAAGCGACGCCAAUGGGUACAGCAUUGA